AUGACGAGGGAUAUUCAGAACCACCUAUUGUUUGAGACGGCCACGGAAGUGGCAAAUAAGGUCGGUGGUAUUUAUUCGGUAUUGAAAUCGAAAGCGCCAGUUACAUGUGCCCAGUAUAAGGAGCAUUAUCACUGUUUGGGGCCAUUGAACCCAAAUUCAGUGCAAAUAGAGGUAGAGGCUUUUGACUGGGAAUCGGAUGAUCUAUGGACCGCCGAAAUAAUGCCAAUAAAAUGGACUUUGCAUCAUAUGCAAGAUAGGGGCGUGAAAUUUGUUUAUGGAAGGUGGUUAAUUGAGGGUGCGCCUCGCGUUAUAUUGUUUGAUUUGACUUCUGUAGGGCACUAUUUGAAUGAAUGGAAGGCUGACCUUUGGCAUAGUGCUGGUAUCCCGUCGCCAGAGAACGACGCGGAAACUAACAAUGCGAUUUUGUUGGGAUACACAGUUGCAUGGUUUUUAGGCGAGUUGGCUGCGCAGGAUCGUCAGCAUGCGAUUAUUGCUCAUUUCCAUGAGUGGUUGGCUGGUGUUGCUUUGCCCCUUUGUAGAAAGAGGCGAAUAGAUGUAGUUACAAUUUUUACUACUCAUGCAACACUUUUGGGAAGACAUUUGUGUGCAGGCAAUACUGACUUUUACAACAAUUUGGAUAAGUUUGAUGUCGACGCAGAGGCUGGCAAGCGCGGCAUUUAUCACUGUUACUGUAUUGAAAGGGCUGCUGCACACACGGCAGAUGUGUUCACUACUGUGUCACAGAUCACUGCGUUUGAGUCAGAGCACUUAUUGAAGCGUAAACCUGAUGGGAUCUUACCAAAUGGUUUGAAUGUGAUAAAGUUUCAAACAGGCCAUGAAUUCCAGAACCUGCAUGCGUUGCGUAAGGACAAGAUUCAUGAGUUUAUUAGGGGUCACUUUCACUGGAAUUAUGACUUUGACCUAGAUAACACACUAUACUUCUUUAUUGCCGGUAGAUAUGAGUACCGUAAUAAAGGUGCAGAUAUGUUCAUUGAAGCACUUGCUCGUUUGAAUCACCGUUUGAAGGAAAUUAAUUCUAAAAUGACUGUUGUUGCCUUUAUUGUGAUGCCUGCCAAAAACAGAUCAUACACCGUGGAAGCAUUACGUGCACAGGCGGUUGUAAAGUCUUUAGAGAAUACUGUUAAGGAUGUUACCACAUUGGUUGGAAAAAGAUUGUUUGAGCACGCCAUGCGUUAUCCGCAUAGCGGCAAGUCCGAGAUUCCUACGGAGUUGGGUGAACUAUUGAAGCCCUCGGAUAUCGUUCUCUUGAAAAAGCGAGUAUUUGCCUUGCGUAGACCGGAAGGCUCUUUGCCUCCAAUUGUCACUCAUAAUAUGGUAGAUGAUGCAACCGAUCCAAUUUUAAACCAUAUUCGCCGAGUGCAACUGUUCAACAAUUCCACAGAUCAUGUUAAAAUCAUCUUCCAUCCCGAGUUUUUAAAUGCGAACAACCCUAUCCUGUCCCUUGAUUAUGAUGAAUUCGUUCGUGGUUGUCAUUUGGGUGUUUUCCCAUCCUACUACGAGCCGUGGGGAUACACUCCAGCAGAGUGCACUGCCAUGGGAGUUCCUUCUAUCACUACAAACUUGUCUGGCUUUGGUGCCUACAUGGAAGACUUAAUAGAAAGAGACCAAGCUAAAGACUAUGGUAUCUACAUUGUAGACCGCCGCUUCAAAAACCCGCAUGAAAGUAUUGAGCAGCUUGUAGAAUACAUGUUCGAGUUCUGCAAGAAGACAAGGAGGCAGAGAAUUAAUCAAAGAAACAGAACAGAAAGACUCUCUGAUUUGUUAGACUGGAGACGCAUGGGUCUCGAGUACGUCAAAGCUAGGCAACUGGCUAUUAGAAGGGCGUACCCCGAAGAAUUUAAGGCCCUUGUAGGAGAAGACCUGGACGAUAGAAACAUUGAGUCACUUGCCGGUGGGCAGAAAUUUAAGGUUGCAAGACCACUUUCUGUCCCAGGAUCCCCUAAGGAUCGGUCUAGUUCCAUGAGCGCGAUCCUCAUGACCCCAGGGGACCUAGGAACAAUUCAGGACGCAAACAAUGCAAAUGAUUACUUUCACCUUGCCGCUUCAAAUGCCGAUGAGGAAAGUGGAGCGGAUGAGCAAGACCGUGGGCAUUACACUUAUACCUAA